GGUCCUGCUAAUUCGCGACGUCGACCAUUUUUUGCCUGGUGACUCGCCAGCGUUUGACGCUUUGGGGCAGCUCAUAGGCGCACCAGAGCGCCAUGUCAAUCCUCAGCUUGGGGGCCUCCCCCUUUACGCCUGCAAAAAGAUCUCAGCUCUUGACGUCUUUGCAAGCUCUGGCGCCACAGAUCAAGAGCAUAGAUGCUGUCUAUCUGCAUUUAACAUCUUUGCAGCCUUCGAAGAGCUUAGACGAGACGCGACGAGAGGCAGAGCUCGCUAUACUGACGACUCUGCUGACGUAUGGCGACGACCAUACUCUCCCGGGCACCCGUCAGCGACUGCAGUCCAGUAUACGGUCGUCCAACGACUCUGAGGCGAGCUCUGAGAGUAUCUGUGCAUUUGUGACGCCGAGGAGUGGAACUCUGUCGCCCUGGUCCAGCAAAGCGACCGAUAUUGCUCGAAUAUGCCAGCUCGAGUCCGUUGCGCGCAUUGAACGCGGCCUGCUCUACCUCAUUACGCUGGACGAGCAUAUACCUACAGAAAGCCUGCUCUAUCUGAUCGCGCCCAAGUUACACGACCGAAUGACUCAGACAUGUAUGAGCAGUCUGCCCGACCUGGAUAGAUUAUUUGCAACGAGCGCGCCCGGCCCUCUGCGUACUGUCGGCUUGAUCGGACAAGAGGAUCCGACAGCCAGUCUAGCACGAGCUAACGCUCGAUUGGGACUUGCGCUGGCAGCAGACGAGAUCAAGUACCUCGCGAAAGCCUUCACAGAGGAUUUGAAGCGCGACCCGACAGAUGUAGAGCUUUUCAUGUUUGCGCAAGUCAACUCUGAGCACUGCCGUCACAAGAUUUUCAAUGCCGACUGGACAAUCGAUGGGGAGCAGCAAGAUCUCAGCCUGUUCGCAAUGAUCCGCAAUACCCACAAGCUUACGCCCCAGCAUACCAUCUCUGCCUAUUCGGACAAUGCUGCCGUGCUGGAGGGCUACGCUGCCCAUCGUUUCUCUGCUGGCCAGAGCACUGAGAGCGGUCUACCAGCAUAUGCGAGCAGAGAAGAAGACUUUCCAAUCCUGAUCAAAGUCGAAACGCAUAAUCAUCCCACGGCAGUCUCCCCUUAUCCAGGUGCAGCAACGGGCUCAGGCGGAGAGAUUCGCGACGAAGGUGCCGUAGGCCGUGGCUCGAAGCCUAAAGCAGGCCUGGCAGGCUUCACUGUUUCUAAUCUGCUCAUCCCUGACUUCUUGCAACCUUGGGAAAAGGACUUUGGCAAACCAUCCCAUAUCGCGUCAGCGCUGGACAUCAUGAUCGAUGGUCCCCUCGGCUCCUGUGCAUUCAACAACGAAUUUGGUCGCCCCGGGCUUACGGGCUAUUUCCGCACAUACGCGGAAGAGAUCCCAAUCGAAGGCAAGGCGACGGAAGUGCGAGGCUAUCACAAGCCUAUCAUGAUCGCAGGUGGCUUGGGCAACGUUAGACCCGAAUACGCCCUCAAGCAGUCCAUCUCGCCGGGCGCUCAUGUCAUCGUGCUCGGGGGACCCGGCAUGCUGAUUGGUCUCGGAGGCGGCGCAGCCAGUUCGAUGGCUUCAGGCUCUAGCUCAGCUGAUCUGGACUUUGCAUCUGUCCAGCGGGAGAAUCCCGAGAUGCAAAGGCGGUGUCAGCAAGUGCUCGAUGCCUGCACUGCUCGCGACCGCAACCCAAUACAGUCUGUGCAUGACGUAGGCGCGGGCGGUCUCUCAAAUGCCCUGCCCGAGCUGGUACACGAUGCGAACUUAGGGGCGGUGUUCGAGCUACGCGAGGUUCUGGUCGAUGACCCGGGCAUGUCACCCAUGGAGAUCUGGUGCAACGAGUCACAAGAGCGCUACGUCCUGGCAGUAGGCCCAGACGAUUUAGCCACAUUCGAAAAAACUGCUCGGCGCGAGAGAUGUCCAUACGCGGUCGUCGGCGUAGCGACCAGCGAGCAAAAGCUUGUGGUCACUGACCGAUUGCUUGGUUCGCGACCUAUCGAUUUGCCUAUGUCCACGCUCUUUGGGAAGGCACCGAAACUCUCCCGAAAGGCACAGCGUACAAGUCCGACUCGCCAUGCCUUCGACACGAGCCUGCUGCUCUAUUUGCCUACUGCGACGACCUUUGAGUCAGUCCUUAGCGAAGCUAUCGAUCGCGUGAUCCGCCUGCCCAGCGUCGGAUCAAAGGCUUUCUUGAUCACUAUUGGCGAUCGGUCCAUCACUGGUCUCGUUGCGCGAGAUCAAAUGGUUGGACCUUGGCAAGUACCUGUAGCAGACGUUGCCGUAACUAGAACCUCGUACGGUUUCGACGUUCUCACUGGCGAAGCGAUGGCAAUGGGCGAGCGAACGCCACUCGCACUCUUAUCCGCGAAAGCAUCUGCGCGCAUGGCUGUUGGCGAAGCGCUCACGAACCUUGCCGCAGCUAGCGUGACUGACCUCGCUCGGGUCAAGCUGAGCGCCAACUGGAUGUGCGCGGCCUCCCACGGAGACGAAGGCGCGCUGCUAUAUGAAGCAGUUCAAGCGAUUGGGCUCGACUUGUGCCCCUCUCUCGGACUGAGCAUACCCGUCGGCAAAGACUCGAUGUCGAUGAAGAUGUCGUGGCAAGCUGGCGAGGAUACACAGUCAGUCACAGCACCCAUGUCGGUCAUCAUCACAGCCUUUGCACCAGUCGAUCAGACUGCGCGCACAUGGACACCUCAGCUGAAGACAGACCUUAAUGAGCCAACUGUUUUAGUGCUGGUUGAUUUGGCUGCUGGCAGAUUGCGCAUGGGAGGUUCGGCCCUCACGCAGGUGUUCAACCAGCUCGGCGACGAUGCGCCGGAUGUUGAAGAUGCAAAGGCCUUGAAAGGCUUCAUGUCAGCCUGUCAGACUUUGCGUCAUGAUCAAGCGCAACCUGUGCUUGCGUAUCACGAUCGAUCCGAUGGUGGCUUGUUCGUCACGGUAGUCGAGAUGGCGUUUGCAGGCAGCAUUGGCAUCGAGCUCAUGCUCCAGUCGCUUGGUCGCUCUGACGAUCCUAUCGCAAGCUUAUUCGCAGAAGAACUUGGCGCUGUCUUCCAAGUCCGAGCAGCGCAUCUCGAAUCGUUCUGCAGCGCGUUCACGUCAGCCGGCCUUAGCAGCACGGCAAUUCGCGUCAUUGGUCGAGUCGCGAAUGAACGCUCUGAUCAAAUUAUUUCCAUCGUCAAUAACGGCUCAUCCGUCUGGUCGGCAUCGCGAGCAGAUCUUCAACGCAAAUGGGCAGAGACAUCUUAUCGUAUACAGGCUUUACGAGAUAAUCCAGAGACCGCUAAGCAAGAAUACGACAGCUUGCUGCAAGACUCGCCAGGCUUGACUUACCAGGUGCCGUUCGAGCCAACCUUACCGAUCGUCGCAUCUCUGAAUGACAGACCUCGCGUUGCGAUACUGAGGGAGCAAGGUGUCAAUGGACAUCUAGAAAUGGCAUGGUCGUUCCAUCAGGCUGGCUUCAAUGCGAUCGAUGUCCACAUGUCAGACAUACUUGGCGGACGAGCGCAGCUUUCCGACUUCGUUGGUCUAGCAGCAUGCGGGGGCUUCUCGUAUGGCGACGUGCUCGGUGCGGGCAGUGGCUGGGCCAAGUCUAUCUUGCUACAUGCCAAUGCCCGCCAACAGUUCUUCGAGUUCUUCAAUGAGCGCUCGGACACGUUCGCUCUAGCCGUGUGCAACGGCUGUCAGCUGUUUGGAGAGCUCAAGUCGAUCUUGCCUGGCGCAGAGCAUUGGCCGGGUUUCAAGCCUAACACCAGCGAACGCUUUGAGGGGCGAACCUGUCUUGUAGAGAUCUGCGCACCUCCUUCAAGCGGCACAGACUGCUUAUUCCUGCAGGGCAUGCAAGGGACCCGUAUACCUGUUGCUGUCGCUCAUGGCGAGGGUCGCACACACUGGGAGGAUGUGGACUCAGAAGCAGCGUUCAAUGCGAGUGAACUGGGCAGAGUGCGGUACAUUGAUCCUGCGACGAAACAGGCCACCGAACGCUAUCCUCUCAAUCCGAACGGCAGUGCGCAAGGCCUGACUGGCGUCACGACACCCAAUGGCCGCAUUCUGGCACUGAUGCCUCAUCCAGAGCGGGUGGUAGCGCUCGAAGCGAACUCGUGGUAUCCGCCAGAGAUGCUCGAGAAGUGGCAAGGCAAGGGACCCUGGUUUCGACUGUUCGAGAAUGCUCGUCGAUGGGUUGGCUGAGCGGAC